AUGUUGUGUGUUAAACAGCAGGUGGAUAUCUCCACCACAGUGGAGGGGUUCCAGGAGAGGGGGGAUGAGAUGACGUCGUAUCAGUUCUCCACCUCUGACAUCAUCACCACCCCUCAUGAACCGUUCUCUGGCUCCUCUCACCAGUUCCCCCAGGAUUCUCCCCCUCCCCCUCCCCCUUUCCCUUCCGAUUCCCCUCCCAGUCCCCCUCCACCAUUCCACUCCACCCAGGACCAGGACCAGACCCCUGACAGCACUCCUCACGAGUUUGUGGAGGAGCAAAAUAAUGUUGCAGAUGUGCCCCAGCUGUGGAGUUACUUUGGAAACCAAGGGACAACCAACUUCUCUCUGAGGCUGGCCGGUAUCCGACAUGCUAUGGAGGCUCUGACAUCCUCAGACAGUACCUCCCUUAAUUACCUCACCCACGCUGGGAGGAUGGUGUUGAGCGGAUUGUCCAAGCUCAACCAGCAGGAUGUGAGGCAGUUUCAGCAGGCCUACGACCUCCUGGUGAACUUCAUUAAUGAGCCAGCAAACAGGGAGCGACUAGAGCAAGAGAUGGCUCUUGUAGGAAUCGACCGCAUCAACUUCGUGGAUGUAUUUUAUGAAUUCGUUCUACUAAGCCUUCUAGAAGGAAAAACAUCUCUUCCUACAUCUAGGCCUGGUAGCUUCUUUUAUCUGCUCAUGGAAGUGAUAAAGAGGAUUCACCCUCCUGGAGGAGCCUGGACAGAGGCUGCUUGGAACUUCUACCUCCUCAUUAAGGGCCAGAUGAAGGCGUGGCUGGACUCCAUCUUCAACCUCGAUGAGUCCAUCUAUGAAAGCCCACAGAGGCUCUCGGGGCAGGUGAUGGGGAAUCUAGAAAUGCAGGUUGAGUUCCUCCUGUCCAGCCUGGAUUAAGGGUCCCAAACUGAGCUGAGGAUCACUAACACAAAAUAAAGUUUUUUGCAUUUAAACAUUAUCUGUCAAUCGUAAACUAACUUUACAUAAUGUGUGGGGGAGAGUGGGGUAAGUUGAGCCAUUU